UGGCUCUGUUGGCAAGAAGGUCUGAGCUAACAUGUGGCUGCGUGGAUGUCAGAGCCAGCAGAGAGCAGGCAUCAGGAAAGCAUGACUAAGGGAAGGGAAAAGGAUGGAGCUUGCUCUUUUGCCAGCAGCACAGUUGGCUUAACUCCCCACAAAUCCACCUCUCAGGAUGGAAGUACCUGUUCCAUACAGCUUGAGUCAGUUUAAUGGCUUGUUUCCACAGUAAGGAGAAAACCUCGUCACUCUUUUCCUCUCUCUUCUUACCUUAGGUCUAUUUUUGCAACUCCUGGUCCAGGUAAAGAGGAGAUAUGCUUGGAAGCUGGUUUGCACUCUUAGGCCCAAGCAGCUCCCUCUUUGUUUAGAAGAAAACAGAAUAGGACAGGAAAUCAUGCUAAUUUCAGUCAAAAGAAUUAAUAGACAAUGAACUAUGCUCAAGAAAUACAGGAGGAAAUGAAGUGGCAGAUAGGCAGGACCAGCUCCGUCACCCUGCUGGCCACCCUGCUUUGGAUGCAGCCCAGGAUAACGUUGGCUUUGUGUGCUGUGAGGGCACAUUGCUGCCUCGUGUCCAUCUCAACACCUGCCGGUACCCUCAGGUCCUUUACAGCAGGGUUGUGCUUUGCAGAAACCCGGCUGCAAGACUUGACUUUGUUGAACCUCACGAGGCUGCCCAGGGCCCGCUGCUGGAGCCUGUCCGUGUCCCUCUCAAUGGCAUCCCGAGACGUGAAUGCCCAAGUGUUGGGGUAUCUCUUGAGUACAGUUUGCAUCUGAGGAAGGGACUGAAGUACCACAGCUAUGCCGGCAAGCUCUGCUGCGAGCAGGCACAGCUCAUACUGUUGCUGCCCGCCCCGAGCGGCGGAGAGAGGAGGAGGAGGGGCGUGAGGCGGCCGGGAAUGGCGGUGCUCAGUGCUGUCCGCCGCCGCGCUGAGGCCUUUGCAGCUUUCUGGAAGCUGGACGUGUUGGAUCUUUCUGGUGCUCCUCAGAGAUAAAACCACGUUUGGCGAUGAAAUAAUCAGUUCCUGCUGGCUGCCUGAACACCCGCUGGAUCCGGAGGGCAGUUGUGCCGUAAAAUGAAGUUUCUAAAGGAAGCCUUGGGUAGAAAUUAGACCUUUUCUCCAGCGUUUGACCCUACCUCCAACAGGUGCCUUCUCCUGCCUGAUGACCUUCGUCCUCAGGGACAUGAUGGAGCUGCUAGAGGAAGAUCUCACCUGUCCCAUCUGCUGUAGCCUGUUUGAUGAUCCUCGUGUCCUGCCCUGCUCACACAACUUCUGCAGAAAGUGUCUGGAGGGAAUACUGGAUGGAAAUGUGCGGAACGUGCUUUGGAGGCCAUCUCCUUUCAAGUGUCCCACCUGCAGGAAGGAAACUCCUGUUACUGGAGUCAACAGCUUACAGGUCAACUAUUCCCUGAAGGGAAUUGUGGAGAAGUACAACAAAAUCAAAGUAACUCCAAAAAUGCCUGUGUGCAAAGUGCACAGCGGGCAACCCCUGAACAUUUUUUGCCGGACAGACAUGCAGCUGAUCUGUGGGGUAUGUGCCACCCGUGGCGACCAUACAAAGCAUGUGUUCUGUUCCAUUGAGGAAGCUUAUUCCCAGGAGAAGAGGGCUUUCGAAACCCUGUUUCAGGGCUUUGAAACAUGGCGUUGUGGAGAUGCUCUCUCUCGGCUGGAUACCUUGGAAACCAGUAAGCGGAAAGCUCUGCAGAUGCUGACCAAAGAUUCUGACAAGGUGAAAGAAUUCUUUGAUAAACUGCAGCACACGCUGGAGCAGAAGCGAAACGAGAUUCUCUCUGACUUUGAGACCAUGAAGCUUGCAGUGAUGCAGGCCUACGAUCCAGAGAUCAAUAAACUGAACUCGAUUCUGCAGGAGCAGCGGAUGGCUUUUAACAUCGCAGAGGCCUUCAAAGACGUGUCUGAACCCAUUGUAUUUCUGCAACAGAUGCAGGAGUUCAGGGAAAAAAUCAAGGUGCUCAGAGAAACCCCUUUACCUUGUUCCAAUGUGGACAUCACCCCUACAAUGAAGAGCUUCGAUACCAGCCAGUGGAACGGAAUCAAAUUGGUUGAUGUGGACAAACUUUCUUUACCUCAGGAAAACAAUAGUCUGAAAUUGAAGAUUCCCUCAAUCUUUUCACGCAGAUUUAUAGUAGCCUCUCUCGUUUGCUUGCUCAUUCUUGCUGUCACCAGGAUGUCCUUUGUGGAGUCUGUGGUUGACAACUUCCAGGGCUGGAAAUCUCAGUUCUUUACCAUUAGCUUGUCCUAUCUGGCAGAUACGGUGGAGAUAGCCGAUCAUGCAGUCUUUUACUGGGAACAGAUGACUGAUGGAGCUUCGCUUCUGAGCGAAAAGUGUAAAAACUAUACGUUGGUUGUGCUGGAUAACGUUGCACAGUUUGUGUGCAAGUACAAACUGUUGUGAAGUCCCUGCUGAAACAUAAGAGAUUUGAUGGGGGAAAAAAAGCAUCGAAUGUUCUAAAAUUAAUUGUGUGUUUGGGGUUUUGGUUGUUUUUUUAAUUAAGACUUUCAGUGUCGGCAAUCAGAGAUUUGAAAUAUUAUGUCUGUAAUAUUCAUGUAGUUGGAGCACUGCUAAACUGAAGGUGAAACAGAGCUUUGAAAAACACUUUCCUGGACUUCUGUUGCGGUGGUGAUGAUGGAAUAUUCAUUUAAAAUCAUUUUUCCCUACUGAAAUUUAGGGCCUAACUGUGUACUUCCUAUAAUGGCAAAGCACUUGUGGAAUAAGGAAUUGUAUAUUCUUGUUCCUAAAGGGCAUGGUUCAUUUUGUUCCCCCCAAUUUGAAGGUGGUUUGGAAACAAAAAGAAGAGCUGUGAUUGAGGAGAGCAUUGUACUGAGGAUUAAGAUGGCCCUUCUGCUGCAAAACACAGUGCAGAGUUCAGCCUGGAAUCCAUUUCUACCUUAGGGUGGUUCUACCUGUAUUCCCUGAAACAUAAAUGUAUGUAUAUACGUAGUUUGAUAUAUAUACAUGUAUGUAUAUGUGUUUUUAUAGAUUUUUGUAAAACCAUGAGUUGAA